UCGUUUCUCUCUUGCUCUUUCGCCUGCUCAGUGUCGCGGGCGGCGGGAGCGCGGCCCGCAGGCCCGACAUCCUGGACCGCAGGAUGUUGCUUGUCUUUGAACCUCAUCAGUUUGAUUUUGGAUUUUUUUUUCUUACAAAAUAGAACACUGUGGGUUCAAAAGAGCAUUAUUUUGAAGCUCAGCCCCUCACUUGUGUCUUUUUCUUGGAUCAAGUCUUGAGAAAGAGGCUUACAAUAACAGCAUUAAAAGAAAAGGCAGAUUCCAGUGGCUAUUGGAUUCUUACUUAAAAUGGAAGUUGACAUUAAUGGAGAGGCCAGAUCUAUGCUAGCCACUCUCCCGUUGCCUAUCGCUGAAGUGAGUGCUACAGGCAAAACAGACACUGAGAAACCUCGCUGCUCCAGCACCCCAUGCUCACCAAUGCGCCAGACUGUUUCAGGUUACCAGAUCCUCCACAUGGAUUCUAACUACUUGGUUGGCUUCACAACUGGGGAGGAGCUCCUGAAAUUAGCCCAAAAGUGCACUGUAGAAGAAGAGAAUAAAGUUGAAGCGGUAGGGCCUACUUUGCGCCCCAAACAGCUUGAUUCAGGACUUUCCCGUUCUUCCCGAGUGUGCAAAGCUAGAAGCAGGUAUUACCAGCCUUAUGAGAUCCCAGCGAUCAAUGGCCGUAGAAGGCGACGGAUGCCCAGCUCAGGGGAUAAAUGCAGCAAGCCACUACCUUAUGAACCAUACAAGGCAUUUCAUGGUCCUUUGCCUCUCUGCCUUUUCAAAGGUAAAAGAGCUCACUCAAAAUCCCUAGACUACCUCAAUUUAGACAGAAUGAACAUCAAGGAACCAGCUGAUACAGAAGUGCUUCAGUAUCAGCUCCAGCACCUCACCCUGAGAGGGGACCGUAUGUUUGCUAGGAACAACACAUGAACAUAAAUCAUCCUUAAUUCUUCACUGCAUCAAGAUUGUCUAUACAAUGUAGACAGCCAUGCACUUGGUACCUGGUUGGAUCAGAAAAGUGUUAUUAGACCAUAACAUAGGAAGAUGAGGUGCAUGUGUAUGUGUGUGUGUGUGUGUGUGUGUAUGCACGUGCGUGUGUGCAGAAACAACAUGGAAGGAGUUAUUGAAAAAUUCUGACAAAUUUCUUUGGAAUACUGUAACAAAACAAAAAGUUUUGCACAUGGAUACCUGAAAUUUAUGGCAAUUUAACACUCAAAAAUUGAUGUAAUGUGAAUUGUGUUUCUGACUGAGCUUGCUGUAAGAAAUUACUCAUGGAUAAGCACUGAAAUACAUUACUUAAUAUUAAUCAUAUGUGCAUAUGCAAUGAGUUUUGCAUUAUAGGACAAAAUGUUUCACUAAAACCAUAUGUUCUUUAAAAUAACCCAGUUUACACUCACUGUAGCUGGUUUUGCACUGGGAACAAAAGAAAAGAAAAAUUGCUAAUGAAAUUAAGCCUCAGUACUUACAUUACUACAGCUGACUUUUUUUUAAUGUAUAAUUGAAUUACUAUUUGCAUUUCAAACUAAUUUCAGUGUAAUU